UUCUGUCUCUAAGGCAAACAAAACAGCAGCUAAGGCUCAGUGAGUGUGGACACCUCCAGAUCCUCCAGGAGUAAGAAUGUAGACAGAUUUAUGCAGAGGCUUCCUAUUAGACAUUCACCUUUGGACAGAAUCCAUUCUUUGUCUUCUGUCAUCUGUAGCUCUCAGUUUCGACCACCAGAAUUGAAACUCAAGGACACCAUGGCAUGCAACAAUUAAUUUGAGUGAGAAAGAAAAAGUCAGUGUGCCUUAAUCCUCAUUGCCUUUCCAUGUUGGGUUUUAUUGAGCAUAUUAUUACUAAUUUCAAGGAAUAGUUUGUUUCUUAACCUUGUUCUAGAAUUUAUUCCAUGGAGAGACAAACCAUAUUAUAGAAAUAUUUUUAAUAGGCAUUUUUCAUGCCAAAUGAGGAAUUGAUUUGAACCAAUUUUUCUCAUAUACAACUGAAAUAUAAUCUUUUCAGGACAAUGCCAUUUGAUUUCUCAUCUGACUGUGAUUGUCCUAACUGCUUGGAGAGUACUCAGAAUGAGUCUGAUUGGAAUCCCUGUUUCAGCAAGAGUAGUAAUGACUCUUUUUACUCAAGAUCAAGAAAAAAAUCCGUGUUUUGUUCUGGUGUGCAUUGCUUUGCUUCUCAGUGUUGUUCCACCAGGCCAGAGAAUGACACCAAAGACUCAGGAUUUCUUCCCUCGGAGGAGGAAAGCUAUGUGGAGUCUUCUCAAAGCAAUCAUCUCAGUCUGAACCCUGAGGGCAUUACAAGGAAAAUCAGACCAUUCAGAGAAUUGACUGUCCAAGAAUUACUGAGGGAGUUUGGGGAUAGCGGGAAGUUCCAGCCAAACUCCAUGUCCGUAGGCCACUUUAGAGAUCAAGUGGUAAUGAAGUUCAGAAGAGCUUUGUAUUAUUCUGGAAUUUGGGUGACACAUGUCCAAGGCCACAGACUUGAAAAGCACUUAUCAGCUAAUUAUUUCAAGAGAAACCCUGGUUGUCUACACCGACUGGUCCCCUGGCUGAAACGGGAAUUAACAGCUGUUUAUGGAGACUAUGGCUAUACAGUGAAGAAUAUUCUAGCCACCAUUCUCCAACACAUGACAGAAUAUGAUCUGGACAGUGAGUCUUUCAUUCAUCUCCUGGAACCUUAUCUACAACAACACACCCACCAUUUCCUGCACGAGUUUAUCAGUUUUGUUCAUUCACCUUAUAACAUGGAGACCUAUGACCAACGAGCCAUCUAUCAAUGUCCUUCUGUUUCACCAAGGGUAAAUAAGAAGUCCACAGCAUCAGCUUCUGUUUUGCCUUUGUCUAAGGAUCAGGCUCUACUGGCAUCUCAACAUAGAAACACCCGGGGCCAAUGGAAUAAUGAGCAGAAGCCUCUGUCAGGCUUGAGACAGUUUCCAAAUGGUAACUCUUCCUUGAAGAAAUCGGAAAUCCCACUACUCCAUCAAAAAACAGCAAGCAAAAUCCAUGCUUGGGUUGAAGACAAACCAGAAUCAGGUGAUCACAAAGGUAUAACUUCUACUAACAAUAUAAUCUUGGAUUGCCCUACACCAAGGGAAAGGGGCCCAGGCUUACUGAAUUGCAAAAAAAAAGUUCAAGAGAGGAAAAUGGAAGGGAUAAAGUUGCUUUCUGGUAAUGUCCAGGAUCUGGGAAAGAGUGACACAACUGCACAUACCUUCAGUUCACUGGAAAUUUUUAAUCAGGGGCAGUCAUGUCAGUGCAGUCUAAAAGAAGGAAGGAUUUUGAGCCCGGACCAGCAGAUCAAUUUCCAGGAAAAAGAAGCAGAAAAGAAUAAACACUCAGAUUCAUCACCAAAGAUUUUUCAAAGAAGAUUGCCGAGAGAAAGAUCCUUGUUAAGUUACAAAUCCAGAAAGAGGGACCCCUCUUGGAGUUGCAUUUCAGAAACUGCCCUUUCUUCUAAGAGAAAUAGUAGGAAGCUGAGAUCUUUCAAAAAGAAGAGGUUGAAGGGCAAACAGUCCUCCCAAUUUACAGAAGCUGGUUCACAUUUCAGUAGAAGAGUCCAAAGACAAUCACAGUCCAAUACUCACAGAUCCAAAUCUUGGUGUGUUGGGCUUACAAAGAGAUCUUUAAGCAGAGAAUCAAGUAAUCCCUCUCUGAAAGGAAGUAACACAAGUGAAUGCUUCACUCAAAAUAUAUGCUGUGUGUGCUCAAAAGUGAAGAAUGUGCAUAGUUAUGAAUCAAACUAUGGGAGAGUAUCUUCAACCACAGUUCAACAUGUGAAAUUUCCUUCAACUGCUGGGAAGAGACCCAAGUGUUCUUCUAAAUGUGAGAGUACUUCUGAAGCUGAAAGCCCCUGUAACCGUUUCAUAUGCCUACAGAUUGAGAAACACAGGUCUCCAAGUAAACAAGAGAUGAAGCAAAAAACUGCAUUUCCUAGAGCUGGCAAAACUAGAGCAGUUACACACAGAAAAAACAAAUGCCAGUGUCCAGAUAUAAGAACCACAAAGGAAGUCAGUGAAGUGAGGGAUCUGAAUGAUAUAAGGCAAAGGAGUAGUCUUUCUGAGUGUGCACCUUCUUGCAGGAAGCCAAUCCAAAAGAAAAAGAAUUCAGAAAUGUCACCUGGCCAUGAAUGAACGUAAAGGAGACAAAGUAUUAGAAACAGAUGGGUGCAAAUUGUUUUGAAAGGCAAAUCAGUCUAUUCAACUAGCCACCAAGAAUCUUUGAAAAUAUGAAUAUAAUCUGGAAAAGAUUCUUCCCAUCACUUUGUAACUGGAACUAAAAGCCUGAUGAAUUAAAUUUAAGGCUUUCUAUAGAGACAAAUGCAUAUUAUUAAAUUGGCCAUAUAUCUAAAUAUUA